AUGUCUUCGAACACGGGUACACCUCACAACGGUCAAGAACACGAUCAGCAGCUGCACGCCCAAGUCGAGCUCCUCCGCGCCGAGAACGAACAGCGUCAAGGCACAGCGGAUGACUCGCACCACAGCGAGCAUUCAAAGCAAGAGACUGCCUCUCCCCAGGAAACAUCGUCGAAUGGGUUCGACCCCACUGCCGCUGCUGCCCACGACGUCAAACGCGCUCUGAACCGUCCGGGAGCUGAGCACCAGUACAUCCACCCGGACCUACGCGGCCAAGAAGAAGCGCAAGCCCAGGCCCCAACUGCCAACAUGGAGUCUAUGCAUCCAAGGAGCGAGCCACCGCAGCAGGAGACGACGGUGCAACACCAGCCGCAACCACAGCAACAACCACAGCAGCAGCAGCACCCUCAGCCUCACCCGCAGCCCCAUCAACAGCAGCAGCCACAGCAGGAUCAACAACUACACGGCCAGCCCGAUCAGCAUAUGCAGCAACAGCUUCCGCCGCGACAGAUAGCCGACCAGGGUCUACAGGCGGCAGCUGGGCCUAACAUUGCGCCGGCCCCUCCGGCUGACGAUCCAGAGGCCAUGCAGCGCUGGCAUGACGGACGAUCACGGCCGAACCGGGAGCUAUCGCAAACCAAGCGCGCGGCACAGAAUCGCGCAGCACAGAUGGAGCAGACGUACCGCCAGGGCAAAAUCGAGCUAUACCGUAUGAGGCAGUAUGCCUUGCAUCUCCAGGCCCGCCUAUAUGAUGUGACGGGCGAGAUGCCCCAGCCUCCACCGGGACUGGACAUGGCACAGCCUGAAGAGCCGCCACGUCCCAUGACACCCGAAUACAUAAGGAAUGCCAAGGGUCUCGAGGCCGUUGCGCGAGCCGUAGCUGGCCUUGAGGCUGCGAGUGGCGCUUCAAGUGAGAAAUCCGAGGACCAGGAGAUGAAGGACAGCCCUGGACCUGCCGCGCCCGCUCAGGAACAGCUGGCUGCACAGGCUUCCGAGGCAUAG